AGGAAGUGGUUGUACUAGGUGUGAAUGACUACGACCAAACUCUUACGAUAGCCUACAAGGCCUUUCUAGCUCUACUGAGAAACUUAGUCCAAUCAAACUAAUGGAGGAUCUCAUUCUCCUCGUCAAUAAACUUCAACAUGCCUUAAGCUCAGCCGGACAGGGUUGCAACUUGGACUUGUCGCAGAUUGCUGUGGUCGGUGGACAGAGCGCAGGCAAAAGCUCUGUGUUGGAGAACUUCGUCGGAAGGGACUUUCUUCCACGAGGCUCAGGGAUCGUCACCCGCAGACCUUUGGUCCUUCAGCUGGUCAACAACAUAGCAGAGUAUGCCGAGUUCCUGCACUGUAAGGACAAGAAGUUUGUGGACUUUGAUGAAGUCCGUCGGGAGAUUGAGGUUGAGACGGACCGGAUCACUGGUUCCAAUAAGGGAAUCUCCCCCAUACCCAUCAACCUUCGAGUCUACUCACCCAACGUCUUGAACUUGACCUUGAUUGACCUUCCGGGCAUGACAAAGGUUGCUGUGGGAGACCAGCCAGCAAACAUUGUGGACCAGAUCAGGGACAUUGUUCUUCAGUUCAUCAGAAGAGAAAACUGUCUCAUCCUGGCUGUGACGCCAGCUAACACUGACCUGGCCAACUCAGAUGCCCUCAAGAUCGCCAAAGAGGUCGACCCACAGGGCCUGAGGACCAUCGGCGUGAUCACCAAACUGGACCUGAUGGACGAGGGGACGGACGCAAGAGACAUCUUUGAGAACAAGCUGCUGCCGCUGCGCAGAGGUUACAUUGGUGUGGUGAACCGUAGUCAGAAGGACAUUGACAGCAGGAAGGACAUCAGUGCUGCUCUCACCGCCGAGAGGAAGUUUUUCCUGUUGCAACCGGCAUACUGCCACAUGGCCGAGCGCAUGGGCACCCCAUACCUGCAGAAGACCCUCAACCAGCACCUGACAAACCACAUCCGCGACACUCUGCCGACUCUGCGAAGCAAACUGCGGUCUCAGCUGCUCUCGCUGGAGAAGAAGGUAGUGGAGGACUACAAGAACUUCAAGCCCGACGACCCGCAGCACAAGAUCAAGGCGUUAAACCAGAUGGUUCAUCAGUUCACUGUGGACUUUGAGAAGCACAUCGAGGGUUCAGUGGACACUGCGGAGCUUUCUGGAGGUGCUCGCAUCAACCGCGUGUUCCAUGAUAUCUUCCCCUACAAACUCUUCAAGAUGAAGUUUGAUGAAAAGGAACUGAGAACAGAGAUAAUCUGUGCCAUCAAGAACAGCCACGGUGUCAGGACAGGGCUGUUUAUGCCUGACAUGGCGUUUGAGGCCAUCGUGAAAAAACAGAUUGUUAAGUUGAAGGAGCCAUGUCUGAUGUGUAUCAAUCAGGUCUUUCAGGAACUGAUCAACACGAUCAAGCAAUGCAGCUGCAAGUUGAAAACCUAUCCUCGACUGACGGCUGAAAUUGAGCAGAUUGUCACGGCCCACCUUAGGGUGCGAGAGAGCAAGACCAAGGACCAGGUCUUGCUCUUGAUCGACAUGCAGCUCUCCUACAUCAACACCAACCACGAGGACUUCAUCGGAUUUGCCAAUGCCCACCAAAGUAACACCAAUGUGAACAAGAAAAGAUCCCUGCCUAACCAGGAUAUGGAACUGAAGGUGAUUAGACGUGGUUGGCUGAUCAUCAACAACAUCGGUAUAAUGAAGGGGGGGCCUAAGGAGUACUGGUUCAUAUUGACAGUGGAAUCUCUGUCUUGGUACAGGGAUGAUGAGGAGAAAGACAGGAAAUGCAUGCUUCCUUUGGAAAAUCUAAGAAUCAAGGAUGUUGAGAAGAGCUUUAAGUCAUCCAAACAGACAUUUGCCAUCUUCAACAUUGAACACAGGAAUGUGUAUAAGGACCUGCGUCAGAUCGAGUUGUCCUGUGACUCUCAGGAUGACAUAGACAGCUGGAAGGCCUCUUUUCUCAGGGCUGGGGUUUUCCCAAAGAAUGACCAGGCGGACAGCAAGGAGACAAAAGAGGGCGAAAGCAGAUUCUCCAUUGACCCUCAGCUGGAGCGGCAUGUUGAGAGCAUUAGGAACUUGGUGGACUCCUACAUCGUUAUUAUCAACAAAGCCAUACGCGACCUCAUGCCUAAAACUACCAUGCACCUCAUGAUCAACAGUGUGAAGGAGUUCAUCCACUGCGAGCUGCUCUCCUGCCUGUACAGCUUGGGCGACCAGAGCAGUCUGAUGGAGGAGUCGGCCGAUCAGGCCCAGCGACGCGACGAGAUGCUGCGCAUGUACCACGCCCUCAAGGAGGCGCUCAAGAUCAUCGGGGACAUCAGCACCACCACCAUCUCCGUGCCCGUACCUCCACCCGUCGACGACAACUGGCUGCAGAAGGACAGCAGCCCCCCCUCCCAACGUCGUCCUCCACCAGCCAGUGCUGCUCCCCCCCCUGGUCGCCCCCCUGCAGUGAGGGGACCCACGCCGGGGCCCGCCCCAGAACCCCUCGCCUGCUUUCGGGGCGCCCCCCAUCCCAUCCCGUCCCGCCCCGGUCCUCCCCCUGCGUUUGGGAACAGCACCAUGGACCCCACUCCCAGAGUCUCCUUUGUGUGGCUCCCUAGCGUACCCAGCAGAAGACCUCCUUCAGUUCCAAACCGGCCCACCAUCAUCCGUCCAGUCGAUCCCUCACUGCUACACUAGUGGAUAUCUGGGUAACACGGAACGGAGACAUUUUUUAACUUCACAUCAAAACGACUGUUUGUUCUAGGUAUUUUUUUUUUUUUAUGUUUUGCCAAUCUUAUUUAAAACGAUUGAGAUUAAUUUGUUUAAAAACAAUACAAAUGUUAAGAAAAAAAUGAAUAGGAAAUAAUUUGUUGAAAAAUAAUAGAGUAUAAGUAGUAUAGUAUAAGUAUAUAUACACUCUUUUGAUCCCGUGAGGGAAAUU